AUGCAAUUCUGGUCGCUGGAGGGCGCGGAGGGGGCGUUCGGCGACUUCGGCCGCAUCGACCGCCUCGACAGCAGGACGCUGGAGCGGGGCCACACUAGAACUUUCACGUUCUGGCUCUGGGCCUGGGAUGUCGCCCACAUUCCGACAAAGCGGGCACUCUGGGUGCUCAAGAGGGGAGCGGGGCGGGUCGACGAGAUCCUCGGCUACUCUCCUCCGGACCGCCGUGUGCCUUCGCCGCCGGGUGUGCGCCGCUACGACCUGCUGCUGCAUGUGGAUCGAGUUGAAGACUGGAGCCCGCUCUCGCCGCGUUCUUCGCACUCGGGCCAGAGCGGGCUCCCCUCCUCCUCCUCCGACGACCGCCCCUUCCCCCGCGUCGAGCCUGGUUCCUGGACGGGCGGCAUCGAAGACGGUCAAGAGCAUGGCCGCCAUCUGGCUGCCUGGGUGGCAACGGCGACUUGCCGGGCGGCCCCUCGAGUGGAGAGGCGCGACCACGACGAAGAUGGAGCCGGUGGGCAGCGGCACUCGUGGCGCGAUGCGUUCCUUGGCAACUCCUGCCAUGCCAAGGGCAAGUCCACUGACGUCCUCGAGGCGACUCCAAGACACCGCAACAGGACGCCGGUGGGGAGCCGGCACGGCAACCAGGGACGUGGUCGCGCCAGUAGCAAAGCGGCGGCCGAGGUGCCGCCUUUGCGGGCUACCCCGCCGCUCCCACUCCGUCCGGUGGCGACGGUCCCACGUCUCGACGCCCAGGAGCCUGGCCCCGUGGCUGCCUUCUUCUCCUUCCCCGGUGGUCGGGCGCUCUCCCCUCCGCCGCGCACGGACGUCAUGCAGCUCGAGAUUGAAAACGCCAUGCUCGACGCCCUCAACUCCCGGCUGGCCUUUGAAGAUGGUGAGCGCUCGCCGCCGCACGCCAGGACGCGCUCUGGUGCCAUAGAAGACUUCCAUGAAGAUGAUGAUAUCCUCCCGUGCAUCGCUGACCUGUCGGCCCCGCUCUCCAGCCCCCGCAUCAGCUCGCCUGCUCCAGCCGCGGUGGGGUUCCUUGUUGAGGCGAUCACGCAGAAGGUGGACUGCUUGCAGCUCGGCGGAGGUCAGGGCCCCUGCAUCCAGGAGGUGGGGGACGGCAGCUGCCGCGUGGGACUGCCGCAGCUCUUCGCUCCGGUGCCCCAGGCCGUCCUGCCAGCCCUCCGGUGCGACCGCGCUCCUCUGCUCCUCCCAAGGUGUGGGCCACCUCCGCCCCCUCUCGCCGCAGUGCCAGGCAGGCGGCGGCGGGCUGUCCGGUGCUAG